UACAUGGCCAAUAGCUACUGUUCAGUGGGGGUGUUGAGGACCUCCAUGGGGGUCCUGCAACGACAACUGUACGAGGGAGGAGAGUAUGACAUUUUCAAGUACGCUCCCAUGUUUGAGAGCGACUUUAUCCAGGUCAGCAAGGAAGGAGAACUGAUUGACCUAGACAACCGCGUCCGAAGGGUGACUGUGGGCGUCGCAUCCACCAGCCCCCUCUUCCCACUACCUGACGUCAUGCUGCUGGCCCGAACAACGAAAGUCUGUGAAGAGCAUGUCAGAUGCGCCCGGAUCACCAAGGGGAGAGGUUGCAAGCCCGUGAAGACCCUAGAGCUCACCAGGCUGCUUCCCUUGAAGUCUGUCAAGAUCUCCAUCCACAACCGUGAGAAACAGCAGCUGUGCCUGAAUCUUGCUACCGGCCGUACUUUCUAUCUGCAGCUGUGCCCCUCUUCCGAUGCACAAAAAGACCUCUUUUCCCAUUGGGAAAAGCUUGUCUAUAUCCUGAGACCACCGGUAGUCAGUUACAGCAGUACCCCGAUGCUCCAAACUGGAGAUGCAGCGACUACAGAGGAUGCCAAAAUCCUAACCACAGAGCUCCACAGAGAAAGGGAUCAGGAUGAGGCUGGGAUUCACAAGCUUCGUGACGUG